AUGGCCUGGACUCCUCUGCUCCUCGCGCUCCUCUCUCUCUGCACAGGGUCCCUCUCCCAGCCUGUGCUGACCCAGCCGCCCUCCCUCUCUGCAUCUCCGGGAGCCACAGCCAGACUCACCUGCACCCUGAGCAGUGACAUCAGUGUUGGUAGUUACUGGAUAAACUGGUACCAGCAGAAGCCAGGGAGCCCUCCCCGGUAUCUCCUGAGGUUCUACUCAGACUCCCAUAAGCACCAGGGCUCCGGGGUCCCCAGCCGCUUCUCUGGAUCCAAAGACGCCUCGGCCAAUGCGGGGCUCCUGCUCAUCUCGGGGCUGCAGCCUGAGGACGAGGCUGACUAUUACUGUGCGAUCUGGCACAGUAGUGCUUCCCACAGUGACACACUCAGAUGGGGAAGUGGGACAAAAACCUCGCCCUCCCAGAGUCUUAUUUCACAACGGUCCAGGUCUCAGGCUGUGGUCACUCAGGAGCCCUCAGUGAGCGUGUCCCCAGGUGUGACCGUCACUCUCACCUGUGGCUCCAGCACAGGGGCUGUCACCAAUGGUCACUAUCCACACUGGAUCCAGCAGAAGUCUGGCCAGGCCCCCAGGGCAUUGCUUUAUGACACAAACAAGAAAUUCUCUUGGACCCCGGCCCGGUUCUCAGGCUCCAUCCAAGGGGGCAAAGCUGCCCUGACCCUCGCAGGGGCGCAGCCUGAGGACGAGGCCGAGUACUACUGCGCUCUGUGGUUCAGCAGCCAUCCCCACAGUGACAGGUCCAACAAAAGCCACAGCCACUCCCAUCAGGGGGCCAUGAUCUGA